AGAGUGGAGGGAGGGAAGAGGAGGAUGAGGGAGGAGUGGAGAGAGAAGACAGACGCUGAUCUUUGACUGUUGAGGACCGUGUGAGCGUGAAGGAGUGUGCUUGUGAGACUGGGUGCGAUGGAUCACUGUUCCUGAACACUGUAAGUCUCAGUGCAUGGCAGGGCAUUUAGAGUGUGUGAGUUUGGUUUCAUUGUGUUGGGUGGUGUUUUAUCAGACAUAGCACAGUGGCUGUGGGAUUACGACAGCUGGGGAGAGAGCGUGAGACCCAUCUAUGUGUGUUGUGGUAGCGAGCAGGGGCAGCUGUAUGUGUGUUUGUGUGAAAGAAGCAGGGCAGCUGGAGACAGAGAUUGGUAGAGAGGCCAGGUACACCUAGAGGGCAGGUUCACAGAGAGAGAGAACCCACGUGAGGACAGAACAAGUGAAAACAGGGAUACCAACUCUGCCACCGGAUACAGAGCUUGUAUGUGUGCGUCUGCACAGCGGCAUACAGAGAAGCACAGGUCCAGUCAUCUCAGGUCAGCGCAGCGGGGGUCCAGGGAUAUCCAUCAGGCAGCUAUGGGGGCCCAGUGAGCUGUAGUAGAGGACACCCUCGGCCCCCAGUCCCACCCAGCAGCAGCGCUCUCUCUUCCCCUCCGGUGGGUAGACACACGUGGGACUAGGGCACCUCAAAGCCCAGAGUGAGGGCCAACAGCGGGGUUCCUGUACCCAGAGGAGUAACCACGGCCAUCAUGGGGGAGUGGACCAUCCUGGAGCGCCUCCUGGAGGCUGCCGUCCAGCAGCAUUCCACCAUGAUCGGAAGGAUUCUUCUGACCGUGGUGGUGAUCUUUCGGAUUCUGAUCGUGGCCAUCGUUGGCGAGACGGUGUACGAGGACGAGCAGACCAUGUUUAUCUGCAACACCCUGCAGCCGGGCUGCAACCAGGCCUGCUACGACAAGGCCUUCCCCAUCUCCCACAUCCGCUACUGGGUCUUCCAGAUCAUUCUGGUGUGUACGCCCAGCCUGUGCUUCAUCACCUACUCUGUGCACCAGUCGGCMAAGCAGCGUGACAGACGCUACUCCUUCCUCUACCCACUGCUGGAGCGUUCGGAUUAYGGGCAAAGYRGCACCAGGAAGCUUCGUAACAUCAACGGCAUCCUGGUGCACCACGGCGACGGUGGCGGGAAGGACGAGCAUGACUGCAUGGAGGUGAAGGAGAUCCCCAAYGYGYCGCGGGGGCUCACACAYGGCAAGAAGUCCAAGCAGCGCCAGCARGAGGGCAUCUCGCGCUUCUACAUUAUCCAGGUGGUGUUCCGUAACGCACUGGAGAUCGGCUUUCUGGURGGACAGUACUUCCUAUACGGCUUCAGCGUGCCGGGCAUCUUCGAGUGCGACCGYUACCCCUGCKUGAAGGAGGUGGAGUGCUAYGUGUCRCGGCCCACCGAGAARACGGUCUUCCUGGUCUUCAUGUUCGCCGUGAGCGGCAUCUGCGUGCUGCUCAACCUGGCAGAGCUCAACCAYCUGGGCUGGAAGAAGAUCAAGGCAGCCAUCCGGGGCGUGCAGGCCCGCCGRAAGUCCAUCUGCGAGAUCCGCAAGAAGGACAUGUCUCACCUGUCACAGCCCCCCAACAUGGGCAGGACCCAGUCCAGCGAGUCCGCCUACGUCUGAUGGAGACAGGGCUAAAUGCUGGGUAAGUGAGGGGGCAGGGUAGGGAACGAGUGGGACGACCACUACAUUCCACUGUAUCUCUUUUUAGUUUUAAUGGAAAGAGGAGGAGAAGGAGGAGGAGGGGAAGCUGCCACGGAAUAUUUGGUGCAUUUUYUUUUACUAUGGGACCAGCUGCACCUGUUCUUGUCAUAACUUGUCAUGUGAAUGAUGUUUUGAUUGGGACGGUCCCAAAGGGCUGUGUGGGAGCCUUUGAGGAGAGGCUUCUGGCUGUUUUGGGGCCAGGGACGGUGAAGGGGGCCGAGGGGUUUGUUAUAUCAUGGUGCUGUUCUGGCUUAUUUCAUCCACGAUGAAGAGAGCAGGAGGGGUCGUUAACAGAGAGAGAGAGGAAGAGCUGUCGCAACGAUGAUCGACUCUCCACAAGCUGCGUACAGGGAGUCAACUUUCUAGCCUCUCUUUCCUGCUGUGGAGAGAGAAUGAUGUUCCUCUCAAGCUAGUCUCCAGAGAUUAAGAUGACAGAGAGAGACAGUGUUCGGGAGUCCUGGAGCUGGUGCCAGAAUAAGCUGCUGUUUACGUUUUGUCUCCUGGCAAACAAUUAUUAACACAAACACCAUGAAGGAAUACUGAAAACAUUUUUUCUCUACUUCUCCACUGCUGGCACCUGCACCAUUGAGACUGAGGGUGGAUGACAGUAAUGUCUUCUUCUCCUCUUCUCCUCCGUGUAAACUUUAGAGAGGAACCCAAAGAGGCCACGCAUAAACGAYACCUCCACAGUCACAAACCGUUCCCCUCCACACAAAAACACCCCUACGCCGAGCUUCUCUCUCCAGCACUCCAAUGUAUUGCGUGUGUUUGUGACUGACUGAAAGAAAGAGACAAAUAAAGUGAAAGAGAGAAAUAGGAGAGUAGAAUAGGAACUUUCUCCUUGCAAUCUCAACGGAGAGGAACCAGAUCAUUUUAUUCCAAAUGUAAACGUUAACGAUAUCAUUAUUAUGAGUUGAUUUAUUCCUUUCGUGACAAAGUUGGCACCAGCCUUUGGAUUUACUUCUUGUUUGAAAGUUCCUGCAUAUUAUUUAAUCUUUUAGUUGAGAGAGUAUAUCAAAAUAGAUGUAUUUAUCUUUAUGGAGGGAGGGGAGGCAAAAAAACAUGGUUGGGAUCAUGGGGGUACUUAAAAUGUAUAAAUAGUCUUGUCUUUUUUUUGUUCAUUUCAAAGCAUUUUGUUUCUGAUCGAUGGAACUGAAUUUGUGUCUGAGAGGAGGAUUGCAAGAGGUAUUUGAAAAAGGCAGGUUUACAAAGCAGUGUUUCUAGAAUGAACCAAGUGUUAUCAUGGAUUGUACUCUUGACAGAGAACAUGCUAAUCUACUGGUUUGUGCUGCAUCUCUCUCCUAUGUGGUGAUCAGCAGGCAUGCCUUUAAGAGAAGAGAAAAGAUUGAGGAAAAUACGAUGGAAAAUAAGUAUUGCAGCAUGAUCCCUGAAGACAGGCGGGAGAGCGGCAGACAGAAAGGAACGCUCGUUGGGAAAAGCUCUGUAGCACCAGCAAUAAAAACCCAACACACUCGCUCAACACCACUGAAGACACGGUUCAGCUUUUCUGCAACAGUGGUACACUCUAAAAGGGAUCCCACAUUUACAGCACAAUGCCUUUUGACCCUGCAGUGAGGCCAGACACGGGAGGUGGAGGGCGGGGGUGUCCUUGUUGUGGAUGUAUUGAGGGAGGGGUGUGCACACUGAGCAGUAGUAGUGUCCAUGGCGAUAACAUUAUAAGAAGGCCAAACAUGACCAGCGAGGUACAUCACCAUACUGUACAUUGUGCCUCCACGUGCAGGCGUGUGUGUUCGUUGGUUUAUGUCCUGUCCAGAGAGAGAAUCCCCAUCAGCAUGGUUCUGCUUGAGUGAAAAUGUUUGGGCCGGAACAUUCUCCUGGUGUUCUACCCCAAGGUCAUAUAGGAACCCUGUAAUGGGAGUCACCCCAAGCACUGCCCAGGGACACACAGCCUGGAGUGUGUAACGUACAGGCUCUACGAAACACUCUGUAGGGAGCAGGAGAGAGAAGAGGGAGAGGGGGGUUGCUGGAGACAUUGACAUCAACAGCAUGUGUUCUUUUGGCACGUGCGUCUGGUACACUGUAAAACAGAGUAGGCAGCUCAGGUUGGAGAUGUUUGGGUUUACAGUGACACCGGCUGGGCCCGGACCAAACCAACUUCGCAAGCCAAGCCGAGAAAACAGACAUGGGAGAAGAAAUAUGGCUGGAACCUGGAAAGCCACCAAGCCUCUAGUUGCACAUUUGUUUGAAAAGAACAGGAAAUGUCCUAAACAGAACRACAGAAAGCCAUGACAAAGUCCCCGCUAGUCACACAAUGACAGAGGAUUACAACCGCAGAGAGACACGUUUAUGGAGAUARAACCGUUCAGAACUGUCCCCAUGUAAGAUGGCCGACAAAAUGCGGCUCUACGAAAUCAGCCUCUCUAGAGUUGUAUCUCUAUGUAUGAGUCCAGCUAUCCACGCUCCUCCUCUCUAUCCUCACUGAGCACACUGCUGGUGUGGUUGUAUAGUCUUACUGAGGUGUGACUGAUGAAGUAGCCAGAGAAGGCUCUUUAUUCGUUCAGUCUUGUCUGUGAUUAACCCACUGAUACUAGUAGAUAAUCUCUAGUAUAGAAUUAGUCCCCUUCUUCAGAGCUCGUUGAAUGGCCGUGGGAUUGGAUGAGGAGGAGCCUUGUUCUUAGAAGACUGCUGAGAAGGCGUAAUAAUAGAGGUUAAGGCCGGGCUUUCUCUAAAUUAUCCUGGGCGCUUCUCUUUAAGAAAACGGUUUGGGAAGGUUGGUCUGAAGUGUAGUUGUCACGAAUGUUCUCCUCCUCGUCUGAGGAGGAGCAAGGAUCGGACCAAAAUGCAGCUGGUGAUGAAUACAUGUUGAUUUAUUAAACAAGACGAACACUAAGCACACUUGAAUAACUACAAAACAACGUAGACAGACUUGAACAUGAAAACUUAUAGAACACAAAGAACGCACGAACAGGAACAGACUAAACAAACGAAACAGUCCCAUGUGGUAACAACACUGACACGGAAG